ACUAUAGCGUCUAUUUCCGAUCUUAUCGCACGCGCUACUCGCACGCGGUGAGGUUCUCGGAAGAUUCUGACGGGCCGGCUGUACCACGGCCUAAGCGAACCAAAGUGGCCCUUCUUUUCUAACUAUAGCUCCGUUUCCGGAGGCGCAUCGGUUAGACUCGCCUCUUAAAGCGUCUUGCGACCCGUCUCCCGUGGUAUGGACGAUCACGGGCGGCGGAGGAGGCCGAACGAACCGCCCGUCAACGCCCCUUCUAAUACUAGAUACCCAAUUCACGAUCCCAAUGCACAGGGACGGUCGUACGGCGCAAGCGGGUCUGAUAGGUAUCGGCCCGCGCCUCUCAAUACAUCGCCUGCAGCAUCUAGAGGUAUUGCAGGCACGGCUAACUACAGUGGCUAUUAUCAAGAGCCGGCAGCAGCCUUCUCCACCGCCAUGCAGCAGAAUACAAUGACAUACCAGUCUGAAUACGGACAAGACGCUCGACAAACACCGAGCUUUAGUACGUACAAUCCGUCUAUGAUGUACAACGUGCCGCAAGCGAGCGCGCAAAGUGCCGUCUACGAUACGAGUCAACAGUUCCCGUCACGGCAGCCUGCAGCACUGCAGAUGAUACAAACGGACGUGUCCAACCCCUAUUUCCCGAGCGAACCGACCAACGCGGCCGCAGCGACUAGCCUACAGUCGCAUACGGGUUCUUCAAGUACAUCAGCAGCAGUAUAUCAGCAGAGUCCAGUUGCUCAACGCGCAAUGCUCCAGAACUAUCCAAGUGGGAUAGCGCCAGUCAGCGGCAUGGCACAAACGAGCACGCCCGAGCAGGUUGUAGAGGAACCCGACUACUCACAGACGGUAGAGAUGAGUGAGGCCUAUGCGCGAUACCAAACUGCUCUGGGGGAGGUUUUCACCAACAUUCGUAACGGGGUGCUACAAGCUGCAAGCGAGUCGCUCUUAAACAUUUCCGAAUGGCUGCUCUCCAAAGUUGUGGAACUAGGCCUCGCAGCGGACGAUGAAAAUCUUUACAGGGACCGUAUCAAGAUGUGGCAGGAUUUUAACCAUGCAUGGCUCUCAUUAUUCCAGAAGCAAAAGGAUAUGAUGGAGUCUGGCGCCCCGCCUCAACGAGGCCAAACGCUGAUUAGCGAAGAUGGGUUGAGAAAGAUGGGGAAAGAGAUUGUGAGGCUUUGCGACGGGAUUGAUCGGCACGGCCUAGUAGACUACCAGUAUGGCGUCUGGGAAGAGUCUAUUGUUGCUAUCAUUGAGGAUUGUCUCGAUCUUUAUGAAGACGAAGAAGAGGCCGAACCUUCCGGUUCCUCCGCCGCGAAUCCCGCCGGAGCGGGCCGCCGGGGCCAGCGCACUUCUCGAUAGUGGUGGCUACGUGCUCUAACAGGGAUAGGAUGCGUGGCCGGGCAGUGCCGGGGGCUAUGGAUCGGUUAUGAUUUGAAAUAUAUACGGGGCGUUCCAUUCGGUCACGGCGAUUAUUUGCAUAGCAGGUUGUGAUACCCAGCGAUUCUACAGGCGGCACGGAAACGUUACUGGUCCAUAUCUC